AUGUCCAAUCCGAUAACCAAGACGUUCGUCGUUACAGGCGCUUCUCGAGGACUUGGUCUCGAGUUUGUGCGACAGCUGAGUGAUGUCAGUCACCAUCACGUUAUCGCGGUUGUUCGAAGUCCGGAGAUUGCAGAGCAAUUGAACACACUUGGCAGGGGGAACGUCUCCAUUGUCAAGGCUGAUUUGUCGGACUUGAAGUCCUUUCCGGUGAGAGAAUGCAAGUGGGACGCUUGUUCAGAGUACAACGCUUAUUCUAUCAAGGAUGUUGCCACCAAAAUAUCCAAGGUCGCGAACGGAAAGAUUGAUGUUCUGAUAAAGUAA